UUAUCGUAAUCACAAUUAUGCUAGCGUUAAAAAAAAUAAUGCGACCUUGCUGUCUCCAUACAACAUAGAAUGGCACAGGCAAGGUGAAAGGCUCGAAAGCAGGAGCCCUGUUUGAAGCGUUUAAAACUUGUUUGUUGUCAUUUGCGCCAUUCCGUUACGCACGUGUACCGGCUUGCUCAACAUUGCACCCUGUCAUUUGACACCUACAGCAGAUGGCGGACAGUGGGGCCUUCAUCAAGGGCCUGCUGAGCAGCUGCAACGAGUUGUUCGGGAAUCGGGCCGAGCUGAUGGGCCCCCUCGAGAAAGCGGAGAACAUGCCGAUGCGCUGGACGCCCUACGUCACUUUCGUGGCCAAGCUCCUGCAGGCGUUUGACGCUUCUGGCGCCGGUGACACCAUCGUUGACGGCGAUGACGAGAUGCCGGACGGAUCCGGGAGGAGUGCGGCACGCCAGCUGGCCUUUCUGCUGAGCAGCUGCUUCCAGACCAUCUUGCGCCCUCCAUCACUGGGCAGCGUCGCUGAGAUGGAGUGUCUGAAAUCGGCCAUGGCAGCCACUGGCAAAGCCGUGCAACGUAUGGAGCCCCACCUGAUGCGCAUGCUGAUGGCUCGAAUGCGCGACGCCUUCCUUGAAGCUGGCACGUCGGUGCGCAUGCGCAAGAUCCUGCUGGAACUGAUUGACCUGCACGGUUCAGGGUGGCAGCUGACACCCGCCCAGCAGAUGUACUACGAUCCCGCCAGGUCAUUCCAGCGUCGCGAAUGAACACCCAGUCAUUGCAUUAGGAGAUUUUCAUCAGAGCCAGUCAUUUGUGUGAAAGCAUCGCUGCACAGAAUGGGCUUUAUGAUUCAUGGAAAACACUUCAUUUAUUUUGCACACAUCUCAUUCUCAGUUGCAGUGCAAUAUCUAAACUCCUUUUUUGGCAACUGAGGGUUGAAUCAAGAUUGCCGUUCUCGGCUACUUAUACACUUGGGGAGUGCACUGCAGCAAAUAGUGGCAAACCAAGAGAGAUAUGCAGGGGGGUGGGGAUAGCCUUGGGAACUGGAAAUAAGAUGUUCCGUCUCAACAGUUCGCUUUAUGUUACAUUUCAUUAAAUACAAGCUGCUGCAGCUUGAUGCCUAGGCUGUCUCUUGUCACGGCUCUAUGCUGCAGUGUUACUUCUAGUCACAGCUGAUAUGCUUAAAUGGAGCAGUCCAGUUAACUGUGUCAUUGAAGCCAAGAGUUAUUAGUGUGAAAGCUAGUUAUAAACCAGAUAGUACAAUGAAAGCUGGUAACAUGGCUUUACAUCAUCCUUAAUGUGAUCGAAUGCUCAAGCAUACAUUAUAUUCAACUGCUCACUGUUGGCAUGCUUACAUGCAUGCAGUAUUGUACUAAAACCAAAAGUCUAGUCACUUUAAUGUAACCAUAAACAGACAUUUUAUUUGUAUGUGAAAUGUUCCAUCAAAGUUUUAUGUGCAGGACUUUCUCUGAAACAAUUGCUAAAACUCUUUCAGUAUCUCGCUUUCAUUGACAACUACAGCUCCAACGUUAGCAGCCCUAUAUAAUAUAAAUUUAUUUGUUUUUAUGUUGUUCACAUGCUUAUGUUUUCAUAGCGGAAGGUGUCCCGGUCCAUGGUAUGUUGUGGUAGUCUCACUUUAUUCGUCUCGGAGCUUGAGCAAGGCUUCUCAUUUUUGUCAUUUUCGGUUAUAACUGACCAGUUUGUGUCUUUUCUUCUUUUACUGCAUAAAACUAACCUUUCUUAACGACCCAGGUUUUAUUAGAUUUAAAUUUGACUCCUUUUGACAGUAGCAAGAUGAAUUACAAGUGCAAAGGAUGGCACGCAUGGGUGUAGGCUCCGUGAAGCAUUGUAAGCUUUUGCAGCUUGACAGUAUGCCAAAAGAAGGCAUGCUAUUUAGGUCUGCCAUUUUUGUUUUACUGUUGAAUAAAGUAUUUUCCAUGCAGA